UCGAUAUCGGCCACUCUCAGUGUAAUCGUUACGGCAUUGUAAGAAAACACGUUUUUGGAGCUUCUACUUCGCGAUCCCUCAUUUUUCGCAUUUUCCAAAAGAUAAGGCAGACAUGCCGUUCUUCAAAAAGCUCAAGAGAUUUUCCCGCCAUAAAAAGUUAUGCGAGGAAUGGGCUUUGGCGCAUGAAGGAAGCGCUGUCUCAGGCUUAGGACAUGAAGAAUCUGAUGACGCUUCAGAGGCGAGGUUCACCCUCAAAUAUUUGGGAAGCACUCUUGUCGAGACACCCUCUAACGAAGAAGCUACUGCUGAAGCCAUAAAAACUGUUAUUACCAUGGCAAAAGCUAGUGGAAAGAAAUUGCAGAGGGUUUCACUGGCUGUGAGCUUAAGGGGAAUUAGAAUGACUGACCUCACCACCGAGGAAGAUCAACUUCAAGUUUCUAUAUACAGAAUUUCCUACUGUUCGGCGGAUGCAAAUCACGAUCAUGUAUUCGCAUUCAUUGCCACAAAUCUCAAUGAAACUAUGGAGUGUCAUGCCUUUUUGUGUCCCAAGCGAAAAAUGGCCCAGGCUGUGACUUUAACAGUCGCUCAAGCUUUCAAUACAGCCUAUGAGGCAUGGCAAUUGUUACAGGCGGACCCUAGAAUUCAUCAUGCACAGGAUAAAAGUCCUUCACUCACUGAGAAUAUAAUCGAAUACAAGGAUAAGGCAGUAAAGGAGAACAAGGACAAUGAAAAACAAAACGACCAAAAGAAGCAAAAUGUGCUGAAAGAAAAGGUUAAUGAGUCACAGAAAAAUUUACUCAUUGAUCUUUCUCACGAUGUAAAACCGAAAGAAAAUUCAUGGGUAUGUUUCGAAGAUGACAUAUCUUCAGGCGAGAGUAAGAAACUUGAGAAGAAAAGUCCCACAAAUAGUAUUCCAAUGACAACUUUGAGGCAUGCCGCCUCUUCUACCUCGUCUCAUAUGGUGCCGAGACCCUCACCAGGAUUCAAAGUUCAAAAUGCCUGGGAAUCGCGUUCGGUGGAUUUUAUGUGUUCGUAGCAAUCAUAGCUUCCGGCCGACAGCUUCCAAGACGUUCCUUUGAUAACAGGUCUCUGGAAGCAUCUUCUCAAUACGAAGACCAAACUGUAGCUGACAUUUUUUUCGGAAGAAACAAUUUCUUCCUACAAAAUAAUAGAUAGUGUCGGAUCAAAAAGUACUGGAAAGUUUUGAACCACUGCCCGGAUGGCCUUUUAAAAAUUAGUCUUGACUUUAAAAGGUGAUCACUCCUUCAAAAAUAUAAAGAGAAAUAUAUAUUUUAGAUGGUUGAAAAGUUGAUUGAAUUGUGUAUUAAAUGAGCCCUAGUUCAUUUAAUUUGACAUGGUGUGUAUUAAAUUAUUACGUGAGAAAAACAAAAAUAAAAUUUCGCUUUUUAAAGAAUUUUAAGGAAUUUGUAUUAUCAUGGAAGAUGGUCAAAAUUCGAUCUAGAUGGAGCCGUGAAUUAAUUUUUAAAAUUAAAGUAUUUUCUGAAAAAGGAUCUACUCCUUUCACUCCACUGGGAAUCAAACCCAGGUCUUUCGAUUGCCGGUCGGGUGCUCUUACCAUUAACCUACUAGAGUGUUCGAUAGAGGAACCUCUGUUCAGAAAAAGACGCUGUCUUUAGAAAUUCUUUUUCAGACUAGAUGCAGCUAUGAAUUAAUUUUUAAAAUAAAAAUAUUUUUCUGAAAAAAAUCUUCUCCUUUUGCUUCGCUGGAAAUCAAACCUAGGUCUUUCGGUUGUCGGUCGGGUGCUCUUACCACUAAGCUACUAGAGAGUUCAAUAGAGAAAUCUUCGUUCAGAUUCUUUGUAAAAUUGACAUGCAUAAAACGUAACACCUUGCUCAAGACAGCAUGUCUUUUUGUACGAAGAUUUCUAUAUUAAUCUCUCUAGCAGCUUCGUGCUAAGAGCAUCCGAUCGCCAAUGGGAAGAGCUGGGUUCAAUUCCUAGUGAAGGGAAAUGAGAAGAUCUUUUUUCAAAAAAAUAUUUUAAAUUCUCGGAGUUUUGUAGUUUAACUUCAAUUCUUGACAAGAGCUUGAAAAAAGAAUUUAUUAACUUAAAUAUUUUUUUUCCUGCAUGCCAAAUCUUUCUUUCUGUCUUUCUCAUGUGAUUAUUUGAUAUCCAUAAGGAUAAAUUACUUCAACUAAGGCCCAUUUAACGCAGAAUUUAAUCAGAUUUCCGAAAGUGUUUUAUAAAUAUUUUUGAUUAUAGUCUGAAUGGCGUUUUCAAUUUUAAAAGUAAACGCUAAUUUUCAAUUUGUCAUCUGGUCAAUGGUCUGAUACUAUCAGUCAGUAGUGUAUGUUCUCUAAGUGUUACGUAACAAAAAGGUAAUAUUCAUUCAUUAAAUUGCUACUGUACGGAGUCAUAAUAAUUUUGGAAUUCUAAAAUGUAACAGAUGUAUAAUGUAAUAGUUAUUUAUCAUUGUUACAUAUUUGUUAUAUAUUUAAGUUCCAUAUUAGUUACACAAGGGUUACAUGUCUUAAUUAAAUUGUUAAAAAAUUAUUAGAAAUCAUUAAAAAACAUUUUAACCUCGUUAUGGAAUUAUUACGGAUCCAUUAAAGAACAAAUUUACAUUAUGGCACUGUUACGGAUUUGUUACGGCAGUUUUAUAGAACAAUAUUACUUUUUAAACCCAUCCCAGAAUUGUUACGAGUUUUUUUUUGACGUAUAACGUUUUUACUCAUGUUCUAAACAAAUUUUUAACGUGUCAGAUCAAAUAUUUGAUGUAACAUAACAGUUACCACACAAUUAUAUAUCAGUGGCCGUUUCCUUUUAAUGUGGUAUUCUUAUCACAAAGAAUUAAUGAAAUUGAUCGAAAAUGAAUUAUACCCUAUGGCACUUAUUUUCCUUUCUUUUUUCUCACUUUGGGGGAAAAGAAGGAAAUACAGUCUGUCAGAGAAAGUUGCGAAGGUGGAACCUCAAUAGCUGAAACUUUUUUUAGUAAGUUUCUCUUUCCAAGAACAUUAUCUUGCAGUACAAACUUUUCCACAGAAAGUGAAAGAAUUUUCUGCCGAUAGAAUUUAGAUUAUUUAAGCGCACAUAGUUCAUUCGAAUUUAACUUUUUUAUUGAAGACUUUGUAAAUCUAAAUUAGGCUGGUCCAAAAAUCGCCAAGUUUGCAAAAUACAAUGUGCUUUAGAAAAUUCUUGAUUCUAAAAAAAUCCUUAAGAACAUGUAAUUCAAUCGGAAGAAAUGUUGCACUCCCUGUUUGAGGUGAAAGGUUCACAACAAUACUAUCCUAAUUUUAAUGAUAAAUUUAAUAGUGUCGUGUAAUUUAUGAAAAAAAUGAUAGAAAUUUUUUUUUCACAUAAUUUACUUUUUCUUUUAAUAAUUUCCACCUUUAGUGGAGACGACUAAGAAAUCCAGAAAAAUAAAAUUUCGGACAUUGUAAAAUUCCCGAAAUUAUCAAAUUGCCGAAAUAUGAAAAGCCCGAAUUUGAAAAUUCUCGUCAGAAAAUUGCCGCAUUAUGAAAUAUACAAAAUAGAAAAUUUCCUAAUUAUAAAAUUCUUAAAUUUAAACGGGAUGACUAAAAAAUCUCGAAAAAUAAAAUUCCCGAAAAUGCAAAAUUGCCGAAUUGGAAAAUUUCCUAAUAAUAAAAUUUCCAAAUAAUAAAAUUUCCGAACUUGAAAAUUCCUGAAUUGAAACAGUUAAAAAGAUCGAAUAAAUCUGAUAGAAAAUACAAUAACAAAAUAUUUUUAUCAAAUAUCAUUUUUUAAUGUUUAAAUUUUUUAAAUUACUGUUUGAAUCUAAAAUGACAUUA